UUUCGUAAUUUUACUAUAAAUACGGUGGCAUAAAAGAGCCGAGUCAUCUGGUUCGCUGCCACCUUCGAUACCCUGCUCUGCUUUUUUCCAUGCUCAAAAGAUUGUUCCUUCUCCAUUGCAAUCGCCUUCUUCGAUUCCAGAGGUAACUAUUUGGUCUAUUGAGGGAGGAGUUAUUUGUUAUUAAUAAACAUUUAGCGAUGGAGGAUUCUGAGAAAAUUGUGUCGGUGCAAGACAACUUGGUUGCUGAUGAUCACUUGUCAGUUCUGAAAAGCUAUGGAACAUACGGCAUUGUUGGCGCUGUUGUUGUUGCCGUACUUAUACCUGCAUUUCUGUCCACUGUGUUUGGGGGAAAGAAAAGGGGGAAGCAGAGAGGAGUUCCAGUUGAAGUUAGUGGUGAGGCAGGUUAUGCAAUGCGCAAUGCUCGAGAAACUGAGUUGGUUGAAGUUCCUCAGAAAGGAGCCACAACCAUGGCAGCCCUUUUUGAACAAUCUUGUAAAAAGUACUUGCAUAAUCGAUUCCUUGGAACAAGGAAGUUUAUUGGAAGGGAAUUUGUUACAGCUAGCGAUGGAAGGAAGUUUGAGAAGCUUCACAUGGGAGAGUAUGAAUGGCAAUCUUAUGGAGAAGUGUUUGAUCGUGCUUGCAACUUUGCAUCUGGGCUUAUUAAGUUAGGUCAUAAUAUGGAUAGCCGUGCAGCAAUUUUUUCAGAGACCCGUGCAGAGUGGUUUAUAGCCUUUCAGGGAUUCUUCCGGCAAAAUAUCACCGUUGUCACCAUUUAUGCUUCGCUAGGAGAGGAUGCGUUAAUUCACUCCCUCAAUGAGACCCAAGUUUCGACAUUGAUCUGUGAUUCCAAGCAGUUGAAGAAGUUGGCUGCUAUAACCUCAAGCCUAAACACCAUUCAAAAUGUUAUUUAUUUUGAAGAUGAGGGAAGUUCAGAUGCUAUUGUAUCUGGGAGUAUGGGCGAUUUGAAAGUUGCAUCCUUUUCUGAAGUUGAGAAGCUUGGACAAGAGAGUCGUGUUCCUCCAAGUUUACCUUCCAAGAAUGAUAUUGCUGUUAUUAUGUAUACAAGUGGAAGUACAGGUCUACCGAAGGGAGUCAUGAUAACUCAUGGCAACGUUGUAGCCACUACUGCAGCGGUUAUGACAGUGGUUCCGAGUCUGGGUAGUGCUGAUGUCUACCUGGCAUACUUGCCCUUGGCUCACGUUUUCGAAUUGGCAGCUGAGUCUGUGAUGCUGGCUGCAGGCUGUUCAAUUGGUUAUGGUUCAGCAUUGACUUUAACAGACACUUCAAAUAAAGUUAAAAAAGGAACCAAGGGAGAUGCAACUAUGUUACAGCCAACCAUCAUGACAGCAGUUCCUGCUAUUUUAGAUCGUGUUCGAGAUGGAGUUCUGAAAAAGGUUGAUGAGAAGGGGGGCUUUGCUAAGAAUCUUUUUAAUCUUGGGUUUAGACGGCGACUGGCGGCUGUAGAAGGAAGCUGGUUUGGGGCUUGGGGUUUGGAAAGGAUGUUGUGGGAUGUCGUUGUCUUCAAAAAAAUACGCUCAUUACUUGGAGGACGCAUUCGUUUUAUGCUCUGUGGUGGUGCUCCUCUGUCUGGUGAUUCACAGCGAUUCAUCAAUAUUUGCAUGGGGGCUCCUAUUGGGCAAGGAUAUGGUUUGACAGAAACAUUUGCUGGAGCUACGUUUUCCGAGGCGGAUGACACAACUGUGGGCCGUGUUGGUCCUCCCCUUCCUUGUGGAUACAUUAAGCUUGUUUCUUGGAAAGAAGGAGGAUACUUGUCAUCUGACAAGCCUAUGCCUCGUGGGGAGAUUGUAGUCGGGGGAUACAGUGUAACUGCUGGUUACUUUAAGAACCAAGAAAAGACUGAUGAGGUGUUUAAGGUUGAUGAGAAGGGCAUGCGUUGGUUUUAUACUGGUGACAUUGGAAUGUUUCAUCCUGAUGGAUGCCUUGAAAUUAUUGAUAGGAAGAAGGAUAUCGUUAAACUCCAGCAUGGAGAGUACAUUUCCCUUGGAAAGGUUGAAGCAGCAUUAGCAUCAAGUAAUUAUGUGGACAACAUCAUGGCAUAUGCAGAUCCCUCACACAACUAUUGCGUAGCUCUAAUUGUCCCUGCAUGUCAGGCCCUCGAGAAGUGGGCACAGGAAGCCGGUGUCCAGUAUAAUGAUUUUCCCGAGCUGUGUGAAAAAGCUGAAACAGUCAGUGAGGUUCAGCAAUCCCUCUCCAAGGUAGCAAAAGCAUCGAAAUUGGAUAAGUUCGAACUUCCUGCCAAGAUUCGGUUGCUGCCUGAGCCUUGGACACCCGAGUCCGGAUUGGUUACUGCUGCUAUGAAGAUUAAGAGAGAACAGAUCAAGGCCAAGUUCAAAAAUGAGCUCAACAAGUUGUAUGCUUGAACACGAACGGCUAAUGUCUCUUUUACUCUGCUGUGCUACAUUGUUCUUGAUUUUUAGAUAUUUUUCGGUUUAAAUUUUUCGAUAUUCCAGUGAUUCAGUGCUGCUAUUGCAGAUGUUUAGUUUGAUGCGUGUAUGUGGUUAAAACCUUGAUGGGCAAGGAAUAGGUAUAGCAUGUUUCACGUGAUAGUUAGAAAGCAUAAUGCUCUAGCACAACUUUACGUAACUGUGUUCGAAAACAGUAUUACAACACAAACACGAGACCACGAAUCUGUAUGGUAUGUUAACAAC